UUAAAAAAAUCGCCUGACUGCGCAUGCGCGAAACUAGCUUUUCGCUGUGACGUUCCAGUCUGCCGCCGGUCGUCCCGGCCAUCAAAACAAACAUGUAACGUCACGGGUUUCUCACGUUAACCAGCCGCUCAGCUGUCCGACUCACGAUGGCCACUUUGGGGGAGACGUUCACGUCGGAGGUGCCGCGGCGAAGCGAAGCGUAGCAGAGCGGCUAACGACAACCCCGGGGCGGCCCGUGCUAGCCUAAUAGGCUUGCCGUGCUCAGUGAUUUGAUGGCAGCUGCCGAAGAUUAACUCUAGCACUUGGCCUCAAAAGUCAACGUGGACAGAGAUGCCACUCUGAAGGAAAACAGGGCAACGCUUAGAAAAAGCGGAGGUAACAUGAAGACAUCCAAAAUCGGCACCUCCUCGUCACUGCUAAAUGGGAACCAAAAUGAAGACCGCCGGCAGAGGAAGGUGGCGGACAUCGCUCAGGCACUGCGGGCGAGUCCAGCGGACGUGGCGGCCCUCAGGAGGAUGGCCAUCAGUGAGGGUGGCCUGCUGACGGACGAGAUACGCUGUCAGGUGUGGCCACGACUCCUCAACGUCCCACCCAACAUCCUGGAGCAGGAGCCAGAGAUGGUGGAGCGGGACAACAACAAGGACUACAACCAGGUGCUACUGGACGUUCAACGCUCACUACGAAGAUUCCCUCCUGGUAUGCCGGAUGAGCAGCGGGAGGGACUCCAGGAGGAGCUCAUUGACAUCAUCCUCCGCGUCCUGAAGCGUAAUCCUCAAUUGCACUACUACCAAGGUUACCACGAUAUCGUCGUCACCUUCCUCCUGGUCCUGGGCGAGCGCUUGGCGACGGCCCUCGUGGAAAAACUCUCCACGCAUCACCUCAGGGACUUCAUGGAUCCCACCAUGGACAACACCAAACACAUCCUCAACUACCUGAUGCCCAUCAUCGAGAGGGUGAACCCCGAGGUGCAUGAUUUCAUGCAACAGGCGGAGGUGGGCACCGUCUUCGCUCUCAGCUGGCUGAUCACCUGGUUCGGCCACGUUCUGUCAGACUUCCGACACGUGGUACGGUUGUACGACUUCUUCCUUGCCUGCCAUCCGCUGAUGCCCAUCUACUUCGCAGCCGUGAUUGUACUUUACAGGGAAGAGGAGGUGCUGGAGUGCGAAUGCGACAUGGCGAUGGUGCAUCACCUGCUGUCACAGAUUCCCCAGGAUCUGCCCUACGAGACACUCAUCAGCCGAGCGGGAGACCUCUUUGUCCAGUUCCCUCCGUCCGAACUGGCCAGAGAGGCCGCCUCGCACGAUUGCAUGGCAACCACCACCUUUAAGGACUUUGACUUGGCCUCGACGCAGCAGCGGCCCGACUCUGUGCUCCGUCGCCGUCGGAGGCAACUGCAGCAGCAGCAGGAGGCCCUGGAGCGCUCGGCAGUGGCCCGGCCGUCCGUGACGCGCCGCUUUGUUCGCUUGGCGGUGAUGGGCCUGACGGUGGCUUUAGGGGCGGCGGCGCUCGCUGUGGUCAACACCGCCCUGGAGUGGGCCCCAAAGCUGGACCUCUUUCCAUGAACCCCCUCUGAACUCCCCCCAAGUCACAAAUGAAGGACCUCUUGAAGAACGUUACAGCCCCCCCCCCCCCUCCCCGGCCGAGGGGGACAGGGACAGAGUCCUGCCACAAAAUUUGCGAGGGAUUGAUGGCCCUCAUGAAAAAGGUUUAUAAUUGCUAAUAUGCGCCACAAGAUGGCGGCAAAGCAUUGUUUUUGUGAAAGUGACACUCCUUGUGGCUUCCUGAGGUGUUUCAAAAAGAGCACAAAAUACAUGUAUACGUUAGUUUUCAGGGGAUAGAGUACACAGAAAAGUUUUUUCCCCCCUGUGGAACCUAUAGGUUAUUUUAUACAGGUUAGUUUGUGAAUAGUAAAGUGCAACUGUGCGGAGGAUAACUUAUGCCAGAACUAACAGUUUCUUAGUCGACUUGUUAUUGUGGGUGAGGAUGACCUGAGUUUUUCAAAAUCAUGCCCUUUGCUGCCAAUUAGACACGUGGGAUGUGUAUUACCUAAGCUUAUAAGGUUUUUGAUAAAACAAAGACCGUAACGAAAUGGCACUUACAGAGGUUCACUCCAAUUUCCACUGCUUCAUCUUCCACAUCGUCUUUCCAGCUGUACUUGCUACAUUCCCCCAGCUCUCGGUGACUCUGGUCAUUUGUUUUUAAAACACUUUGGUCAUUUGUUUUUAAAAUGCCGAGAUGGUUUUGUGAAAAGCUGAAGAGGUUUUCGAGCCACCGGAACACCUAGCAAACACGACGCUUCAAAGAAGCAAAGACUGGCUUAAUACGGCAUGUUAAAAAGUAAUUACUGAGUGGUUCUCGGGGGUAAAAACUAAAUAAAAAUACCAAGGAAAUUAUAAAAUUACGUUUCUUCCCAAGUUUCCACCAUCAUGACCCUGACAAUUUAAACAAAAAAUUGUUUCGUAGGUAAAAAGACAUAGAGUUCUAGAAAAUGCAAUCUGAAACUACUCAGGCUGUGAUUUUCAUGUACCACUAGAGGGAGUUGCGCACCAUUUGGUGAAUGACUGCGCGCCAUCUGACGUGUCGCAACCUGUCAAAUCUAUCCGCGUGUGUGUGUUUUACUAAUAAGCACUUUUGUCACCGCUGCUGGAAGGAGCACACGUUUUUAGCCUACAAGCAAGCUGGUGCUGACCUUAAUUAGUUUUUUUUCACACGGUCGUUUCCGACCCUUUUUCCAGCAGGAAGCGCGACGUUCCGUUACACUUCUCAAUUUUGGAGAUUGAGCAUAUACGACUGUCGCUUGUCGGAUCACUUCCGCACAGUUUUGUUAAUGUGUAUGCCACGAAACACUGGACAACCAACUAACUGCAAACGUUUUUUUUUUUUUUCCUGCUGGGAUUAUUUGUCACAAUGGUCUUCCCCAGAAUGCUCUGAAUUAUUUUCCGUUCAUUCAUGUCGCACUACAUUUUUGUGCGGGUUUUUGGUUUAACAAAUCUAUCCUACGUAAAGUUGUAUUGUACAAGAGAAUGCGAAUAAACCACGUUAUUGUCAAAAUACCUUAAGGAU